UUUCCGUACGUUUCUCACGAGAUCGCGAGAAAAGAACUUUUCCGGGAGGGGACGCGAAAUCUCGCGAGACGUUGCUUCCAACUUCUUUCGUUCUUUUUGUCGCCGAUCAAGCAAGAUGCCUUCCAGACUGAGGAAGACAAGGAAACUAAGGGGGCAUGUCAGUCAUGGCCAUGGACGUAUUGGUAAACACAGGAAACAUCCUGGAGGCCGUGGAAAUGCUGGUGGUAUGCACCACCAUAGGAUUAACUUUGACAAAUACUGUAUACAGUUCUAUGAUAUUUGCCCACUAUUUGAGUUUUCUGACCAGGGGUAUUACAAAGUCCUGGGCAAAGGAAAGCUGCCCAAGCAGCCUGUCAUUGUGAAAGCAAAAUUCUUCAGCCGAAGAGCCGAAGAAAAAAUAAAGGAAGUUGGAGGAGCCUGUGUCCUAGUGGCAUAAAUGUUGAUAUAUGUAUGCAGACUAAAUGACAGGCAUGAAUAAACUAUUUCAGAUGUUGGA